UUUAUUACCCCCUUCACAUUGUCCCCCUUUAAAUUUCUAUUUAAAAUAGUGUUAACAAUAUUUUCUUUGAUCAACAAAAUUUUACUCUUCUUUUUGCCAUGAUUCCCAAUUACACAAAUUCUUCUUCUUCUUCUUCAUUUCCUUUUGAACUUAAUAAUGAAGUUCAUCAUGAUUAUCUAAGUCAUAAUAAUAAUAAUAAUAUGUCUCUUGUUAGUCCUUAUAAUAAUAACUAUCAAUUUGCUUCAUCAUCUACAAAUUCAUCUUGUCAAAAUUUCUUCAAUAUUUCAACUACAACUAAUAUUCAAGAUCAAAGUGGAUAUGAUUAUCAAUUUCAUCAGCCACAACACCAUCAUGAGGUUGAUAAUUUUGCUUCAAGAUCAAGUGGAUCACAUGAUCAUGUAGAGAAGAAAAACAAGGGACUCAAAUUAACCUUAUGGAAAAAAGGGGGGCAAAAAGUGAAGAAUUUGAAAGUAGAAGAUCAAAAGCAACAAAUCAUAGAAACUGAUUAUAGCAGCAACAGCUCUUCCAACAACAAUAUCAUCCCAAUUAGGGUUUGUUCUGAUUGUAACACUACUAAAACCCCUCUUUGGAGAAGUGGUCCUAAAGGCCCUAAGUCGCUUUGUAAUGCAUGUGGAAUUCGACAAAGAAAAGCUAGGAGAGCAGCAGCAGCGGCAGCAGCAGCAUCAACAACACCAAAUAAUGGGACAAAUUUCACUAGUACUGAAACAACAACAACAACGACGAUGAAGAUAAAGGUACAACAACAAAAGCACAAAGUAACAAAAGUGAAUGCCAAUCAUGUUGUACCCUUCAAGAAAAGGUGCAAAUUUUUAAGUAGUACUACUACUCCUGCACCUGAAUCUGGACUUGUACCUACACCUGCUCCUCGUGUUGGUUCAUCAUCAUCGUCAUCAUUUUAUAAUAAUAAUAACAACGACGUGCAACAAAAGAAGAAGAUCUGUUUCGAAGAUUUCUUUAUGAAUUUGAGCAAUAACUUGGCAAUCCAUCGCGUUUUCCCUCAGGAUGAGAAGGAAGCAGCAAUUUUGUUAAUGGCAUUAUCUAGUGGCCUUGUUCAUGGCUAAUGUCAUUAUAAAAUUUUCUUGAGUUUCUAUUAUUAGUUUAAAUUAUUAAUUAGAUGGAGUAGCACCAAAUUAGUUGUGUGAAAUUGAGCUAGAAUUAAUACUAGUGAGAGUGAGAGUUUUUAUAAGUCAAGCUACAAAUUUUUAAUAAUUUGUACUUUAAUAUUCACUACUAAAAAAACAGUGAAUAUCGACCUAAAAAUUACUGAUCUCAAUGAUAUCUGUAAUUUUCGACCUUCGUAGGUCAGUAUUG